AUGGUCAAUAAUCAACUAAAUCACUACACAAUUGUGAAGUUAUACCUCGAUGAGGGCACCUUAAGAAACCAAAACUUCAAAAAGAAAUUGGAAGAUAUUUUGAGAAGCCGUAUAGGAAAUUGGAAUUCGACGCAUGAUAACUAUCAUGUUUCCCACACAAGUUUAACAAAGAGUAAUGAAUAA